AUGCCAGCGGAAAUACGAAGGAAGAGGCUCCUGCCCAAGCUUUGGGCAGCAGUCAAGGACGCGAUGUCGAAGUCUGCUGCAAGCAUGAAAGCUUUCAUCCCAGAGCAGCUCAGGACUUUUUCUACCAACAUCAAAACAGCGUUUCGCGACUUCAGUGCCAGCUUGAUGCAAGCGUUGGCAAGAGGGCUGGUGGUGACGGCUGCAAACCUCGGGACAAAGCUCCUGACACCUCGUCUGUCCACGUACAUUCUUGAUCCAGCCACAGCCCUCGUGGAGACUCAGGCCUUGCCAGCAUUGAGCGCUGCCAUCGCCGGCGUGGAUGUCAUGGGUGACCCCACAUCGGUGGUCGAUGACGACGACAUGGAUGCCGUGGAGGACCCCGUGGCAGCGGAUUUGCUGGCUGCAGGCAGCAUAGCAGCCAGUGGCCUUGCUACGGCCGUGGCACAGUGUAUGGCCAAUAUGAAGGAGCCUCUGCGACAUCUGAUCUCACAUGAAGCUGAACCUUUGGCUUCGGCCAUAGUCUGGGGUGUGCUGAAACUCCUGCCCUUCCCCUCGCAGAGCCACUUGGCCGAUGCUAUUCGCAGCUACUCCCCAGAAGUCGAACUCGAAGACUUGUGGCGUGUGGUUGUGGAGGCCAUUAGCGAUGCGGUUGGCACAUGCUUAGCGCCUGCUGUCAGUGCCGGCGCUAUGGUUCAGGGACUCCUCGCAGAAGUGCAGGGUCAGGAGGACCUGCAGCUUUGCGAUGGACUGACCGAUGUGCUGCACGUGGAAGUCAUCCGUGUGCCAGACUCUCCUUCGUACGGUGCAAACCUGACGUUUGGGGAGCUUAAAGUCAAGUAUGGCUCUACGACUUAUGACCUUCGGCUGGACACGCUUGAGCCUCCAUGGCAGAACAAUGCGCCGAAUCUCUCCAGGAUCCCCGCAGGGGAGUAUGCGGCCACUUACAGGCGGAGUGGAAAUACUGUGGUUUGCGGAAAGGACAAGGUGAUGCUUCCAGCUGUUCCGGAUCGCUAUGCAAUCUCCAUCGGCUGUGGUGACUUUGGCGUUCUGGCAGAGUCGCAGGGCUCCAUCCUCCUUGGGCAAGGCAAGAUUGAGCGACCUUUGGCCAGAGUCCUCAAUGGACAAACUGCCCUGGAGUCCUUCCUUGCCCUCUUGGACAGUCAUGAAGGAAGCAUUUUAGUCGCCGUCCGUGAUGCGCCGGAAGUCGUGGCUACAGACCGACAGAGCGUGCCGGAGCAGAUGGCUCGCUUGGCCGUUGGGGCCUACGUGCCACAGAACGCCGCUGCCGACAUGGGCGUGCAUGCGGCGGAGGGCUGGGGAUUCGACUUCGCCAUUUGCCAGAACCAGGCUGCGGUUUCGUUGGGGCUCCAGUCCCAGGGCAGCUGUGCCGUCGUCGCGACGGCGGGGUCGCGCUGUGCGGUCAGUUUCCCCGGGCAUAACCUCCAGGACCUGGAGUACGGCCUACAAAGCUUCAUCGGCAUGGGCGACCUGGAUGGAGAUGUCCAGAAGCCCACGCUGAGCGGUUGCUGUUCUGCAUCGGCUGGACCGUCCGAUGCAAACUUCUCCGACAUGGCUGCACACAUUCGGUUGCUAGGCGAGACCCAGAUGGACUGCAGCAACCAUUUCCGUUACUGGUUGCAGAAUGGCGAUGACUGCGGAGAUCCUGUCACUGCUCUCCCACCGACCUUGCACCAUGGCCCUGUCCAAAGUGUGCGACUUCUUCGGAACAACUCCGAGAUCACGACGGAGCACGGGCUUUGCCGUGCUUCGGAUGCUGGUAGCAACUGGGAACAAGGCCUUACAUCUGAGAGCUGCAGGAGAUUGCAUGCACCAGAAACCUACUUGAGCUCUGUCGUCGACGAUGAUUGCAUGGACGGUCUUGCAUUGCAUGUCACCGGCCUACUGGUGAACGACCUGCAUGGCACCACCUUUGCUUACCCAGGAGAUCGAGUUGGCUUGACGUGGAUGUCCUGCAAGGUCUCCACGGUUCUCGUUUCGCUGGAAGCCGGUGCGGCUGGUGAUGUCGUGAAAUCCUGGUUGGUGGAUGCCCGCGCUAAGCGCUUCGUCAUGGUAUGGGAGGACAGACCUCUGCGCCAGCAUCGCUUCAAGAUCCAGGCCCGGGACCGCGGCAGCAUCUCUUCUACCUCCAGAUGGUUUCAGACUCCACCCGCUCGAUGCCAGAGCUUUUCAGCUUCUGACGAGGAUGCGCUGGCAG